AUGGCUAGAAUAUAUCGCAAUCCCAAUAGACCCGUUGUUGACGUGCCAAAGCUGGACUUGUUGACAUUUCUAUUCGAGACCGAGCAUUGCGUGGCCCAAGACGACACUGUUUUGCAUUUGGAAGCAUCCAACCCAUCCAACAAGAUUGCCAAGAAGGAUCUUCUAGACCUCACUCAGCGCAUCGCCCAUGGUCUACGGCAUCAUUAUGGCGUCGGCGCCAAUGGCCCCAACACGGAUGUCAUCACGGUCAUCAGCUAUGGUCAGCCCUUGGUGCCAGCAGCCUUCUAUGGCACCAUCGCCGCAGGGGGAGUGUAUUCCGCCGCCAGCCCUUCCUCCACCGUAGCAGAUUUGGCUCGACAAGUCAGCGUCGGUACUAGUCGCCUAAUUAUUUGUGGGUCGGAACACAAAGAUCUGGCAACCCAAGCGGCGAAACAAUGCAAUCUCUCUUUGGAGAGGAUCCUGGUUCUGGAGUCCAGCCCUUCGUGGAGCCUGACAAGUCUAGACGGCAGGAUCAAUGUCAUCUCCGACCAGACUGUGAAAUGGGAGCGCAUCACUGACCCCACGGCGUUGAGGAAGAGUCUUAUUGUGAUUCUGUGGUCCUCUGGUACAACUGGUCUUCCUAAAGGCGUUAUGCUUUCCCACGAAAACCUCGUGCAAGAGACAUUUGUGACAUCCGUUGCCGGCAGAGAGUGGGCCGCUAAACAGGUCGAAGCCGGGAAGGAACUCAAGCCGUACCGAACGCUGGCCCAUCUCCCCAUUAGCCAUAUUGCCGGGCUGUUUGGGUACCUCGUUGCACCAUUCUAUUCUGGUGGGUUGGUGGUAUGGAUGCGCAAGUACGAAUGGAGCCAACUGUUGAAGUAUAUGAAAGAGUACGAAAUCACCGCCUUUUACACAGUUCCCUCUAUCUAUCUCCGGAUAUCCAAGGCUCCCGAGGUGCAGGACCAUUUCCGAUCCCUCGACGCCGCCACAACUGGAGCAGCCCCGAUGGAUGGCGAUCUGCAGACUGCUGCGAAUGCCAAACUGGGCCAGGGAGAGACGUUUAUUGGUCAAACAUGGGGAUUGAGUGAGACAACAGGAGCGGUAACAAUGAUGCCGAGGGGCCAGAGCGACAUAACUGGUAGCAUAUCUCCGAUCCUCCCCAAUGUCGAAAUCAGCAGAAUGGUCGACGAAAACUUCAACGACGUUGAGCCAGGACAGGAAGGUGAAAUGCUGGUCCGGAGCCCGCUUGUCACUCAAGGCUAUUUCAACAACCCUCAAGCCACGAAAGACGCCUUUCACGACGGCUGGUUUUGCACCGGUGACAUUGGAGUGCUGCGUGAUGGCAAGUUUUAUAUCGUCGACAGGAAGAAGGAGCUCCUCAAAUACAAAGGUCUCCAAGUUGCACCCGCCGAGAUUGAAAACUUACUCUUCACGCAUCCCAAAAUCCAAGAAGCAGCCGUUGUCGGGGUCAACAUGCCAGACGAUCCCGGUACUGACCUUCCUCGGGCAUAUGUUGUUGCCGAUCCUUCGCAGAUCACUGAGGAUGAAAUCAAGGGAUUCGUUAAGCAGCGGCUGGCGCCAUACAAGCAGCUUCGUGGAGGCGUUGUCUUUGUGAAGGAGCUUCCGAAGAACGCGGUUGGGAAGUAUCUUCGAAGGGAGCUCAGAGACCGGGCGAAGAAGGAGUUGGGAUUGGUCAAACCGUCGAAAUUAUGA